AGCGAGAAAAUUUAUGGAGUAAAAAAAAUUACUGUAAAAACUACCGGUGGGUACUUAAGAAAACAAAGAAACAAGUAGGUGUUAGAUGAUAAAUAAAUUGAUAAGAAACAAACUCGGUGAUGGGAUAACUCUUGUGCAUUUUCCACUUCACAACUUCUAACUCGAAAAAGAAGGGAAAAAAACAGGAAAAAUGAUUCACCUGAAAGCCAUACACUCUUCCUCCGCCUUCAAUCUCAACCAGCACCGCCUUCUUCACAUCUUCAAGAAGAAGAAGAACCCAAUAAUCUCCCUGUGCAAUAACUCCAACUCUUCCACAGAUCCAGAUCCAUCUCCACCGAAAGGAGAUGCUCGGAAGCAGGAACUGCUUGCCAAAAUAGCAAUGCUUCAAACCCAGAAAGUCCGCAUCACCGAGUUCUUGGACGAGAGGGCAGCCUACCUAACCCGGUUUGCUGAAGAAGCCAAUGCCGAAAUUGACCAGGUUGGGGAAAAUGCACUGGAACAGCUCGAUCAAGCUGGAGCAAGGAUCAUGGAGAAUAUCGAGAGCCAGAUGCAAGCUUUUGAAGAAUCUGCAGAGGUUAACAGGCUGGAGAUUGAAGAGGAUGAAAGGCAGAUAGCAGAGUUUGAAAAUCUGAUAGAGAAGGAAAGAAAUGAAGGGUUGUUCUUUAAGAAUCUAAAGAACAGAAAGUAUGGGGCUGCGGACAGAACAAAAGCUAAAAAAGAUGAGAAAAUUGGAAAGCUCAGCGGUGAAAAUUCAGCAGGGUCAAGAACUCGAAGAAAUGUUUACCUGCUCCUCAUUGGUGUGGUGGGAGUUGGGAUACUUGAUGCCCUCAUCUCUUCAUCAUCCUACUGGCAAAAACCCACAAUACUUGGGAUCAUUCUGGUUGGUUUGCUUUCCCAAAUCAUCUACGAGCAAAGAAAAAUAUCAGAAAUUAAUAGAGAAGAGAAGAUUGGCGAGAAAGAAAAAAUGUGAAUAUGGAUCCUUCUGUCAGAGUAUAUUUACACUCCUGUUUUAUAGCAGAAUAAUGGGUGGUAGAAUGC